AUGUCUACUAAAGCCUGCCAGCUACUGCGAAGGUUUACCACGUGCGAUAUCGGCGAUGCAUUGGUAAAAUUGAAGUACCCAUACGGUGGCUUUCUUGAUGGCAUCCGCAUGUACUCUCCAGACUCUCAUGCACGUAUCUUUGGCCCAGCUGUCACUGUGAAAAUGGUUGAGACAAGCGAUAAAUCGGCACCCAAGCUGGACAAACACUUUGUGGAUCACAAUGUUGAGGGUGGGGUCGUGUUCAUCCAGCAACCCAAGGGCCUGCCCUCUGCCUGUUGGGGUGGUCUCAUGUCCACUAGGGCUCAGUACCUCGGUGCCGAAGGAGUUGUGAUCGAUGGACGAAUGAGGGACAUUAAUGAGCACAAGCAGUUCAAAUUUCCUGUCUUUGCUCAAGGGAGGUCCAUUUUGGGAUCUAAUACAUUCACGCGUGCUUCCGAGGUCAAUGUUCCGCUACAGUUCAAGGGCGAUCUUUGGGUAAAUCCAGGUGACGUCUUGGUCGGAGAUGCGGAUGGCGUUGUUGCAGUUCCGCCCUCGUUGAUAGAGAAGGUUGUUACUUUGUGUGAAGGGCGUGCAGAAGUUGAUGAAAGGAUGUUUGAUGAGCUUCGCAAGGGCGUCUCCAUGGGCGAACUCAUUCGCACCGUUCGCAAACAAACGUAA